UCCACUUCCGGAUCGUUGUCAUGUUUACAGUUUGAUUCCGGAAGUCGUUUUGAACAACACACUCAUGGCUUCGCAAAACUGGAUCGAAAUUCUACAAUCUGCAAAGAAAACGGCUUUGAUUCACGAUGGCAAACGGAAGAUCCACUACCUCUUUACGGAUGGAAAAGAAAUGGCAGAAGAGUAUGACUUGAAAACAGAUGAACUGAUUGUACGAAAGUGGCGUCACAAAAGUACUCUUGGAGCACAUGGCCAAUGGCAGCAAGAAGUUGGAGAAACACUUGUUAGUCCAGUCACCAGUUUGGAUGCAGAGUUGAUAAAAGAGAAUUGUUCCAAUCCAGUGUUAAUGCGGAAAGAUACAAAGACCAGUUUUCAGUGGAGAAUCCGGAACCUUCCUUAUCCCAAAGAAGUCUUUCAUGUUUCAGUGGAGCCAACAGAGAGAUGUAUUGUCAUAAAAACAUCAAACAAGAAGUAUUACAAGAAGUUCAAUAUUCCUGACCUGGAUCGGAGUCAACUUCCAUUGGACAGCUCGGCCUUAAGCUUCACUCAUGCCAACAACACUUUAAUAGUGAGCUACAAGAAAUCCAACGAGAUUUUAACCAUGGAGCAGAACCUGAUGAAGGAACUGAAGAAACUGAAGGGAUCCAGCGACGACAACGUUGACUGCAAAACUCAGUGAAUUGUGACUGAGAAGAAAAAGAAUCUGCUCCGACGGGUGAAUCUUCACUUUUCGUUCCUCUUUUCAGGAAACUCUCCAGACCUUUUGUUGGAAUAAAAUACUCUAGAUGA